AUGAAAUUAAAGAUACUGCUUCUAAUUUUUCUGAUACCAUUAAAUGCACUUUUAGAAGACGAAGUAAUAGAAACAACACCGGAACUGCUCUGCCAAGCAUGCAAAGCAAAGAUAGCAGAAUGUGGAACGGACGCAGAAUGCUAUAAAGAAGUCUGCAAUGAUAACACCAUAUGUGAAAGAAAAGAAGGCAUACAGACCCAAGCAGAAAAAAUAUAUCAAGAGUCAGAAAAGAAAAUUAAAAAUGGCUACAAAGAAAAUGUGGAGCCACUAGUAAUGCAAGCCGAAGAAAAAUUAGGCAAAACCUGGGACCAAACCAAAGAAAAAUCUAAAUCCUUCGUCGAAAGCUCAAAAGAGUUCGCUGGAAACGUCUACGAAAAUGUUAAAAAAUUUGUAAAGCCAAAUUUCACAGAAAGCCUAUGUGAGGCUUGCAGAAAGGAAAAUAUCGAAUGUGAUGAAUGCAUACGAGAAAAAUGCAAAGGCGAUGAAGAGUGCUUAAAAGGAUUUUAUGAAGAAGAAAUAAUACCAAAGACAGAACAACUUAUGGAGGGAAUACAAAAUGAAGUGAAAGCUGGGUUUGAAAAAGUAAAGCAGCAGCUACCAAGUAAUAAAGAUAUUAAUGAAAAAGCUAAAGGAUUUACUGAAAAAGUCAAAGAUUUUGCUGAAGAUGCGAGUGAGAAAAUAAAAGAAACAGUGGAGCCCGUUAUUGAAGGGGGUAAAAAAAUUUACAAAGACUUUGCAGAAGAUGCGGGUGGGAAAAUAAAAGAAACAAUGGAUCCUGUUAUUGAAGGGGGAAAAAAAAUUUAUAGUGAAAAAAUAGAGCCAACAAUAAAAGAUUUAAGAGAUAAAGUACCACAGCCAAAUGCAAGCUAUAUAGUAGAUGAAGCUAAAGAUAGGGUAAAAACAGAAAUUAAAAGACGAGUGGAAAACGUUGAACAGACUCUAAAAAGAGAACUCGGACUUUAUUUUGGUAUCCCUACAAUCCUUUUGAUGGUUCUUGUUGCUGUUGGGGCUUAUUUCAUUGUAAAACGAAAAAAAGUCCAUACAGCCUAA